AUGAAACAAGUUCUUCAACUAACUAAUAGUUUGUCAAUACAUUUUCAAAAAAAAAAUGCUAAUUACUCAAGUGUUGGAAUUUUAACAAAUGCUACUUUAUUGGAACUAGAAUCACUUCGAAAUGAUGAUAGUUAUAAACUUUUUUGGACUAAAACUGAACAGUUUGCUACUAAAGAGGAUAUUAGAUUGCCAGAUAUUCCUAGAAAAAGAAAAAUUCCCUCUAGAUUUGGAGGUGGUGAAGCUACAACAAUAAACAAUAUAUCAUCUUAUUUCAAAGUCAGUAUUUAUUUUCCCGUUUUAGAUAUUAUAAUCAAUGACAUAAAAACCAAAUUUGAGGAAAACAAUAUCACAAUACUUAAUGCUCUUCAAUGUUGUUUGAGCAACAAAAACUGCUCUGAUGAAAAUAUCUUGGAAGUUUGUAACACAUAUGAUAUUAUAAUAGAUGAUUUUAAGGCAGAGUUAAAGUUAUUUAGUAAAAUGUGUUUAUCAAGUGACAUUCCUGAAAAUUUUGAAAAUCGUCUGAAUUUUUUCUUGUCCAAGGACUUAAUAGGCUCGUUUGAAAAUAUGUAUAAGAUUUUUAAAAUAUAUUUAUCGAUUCCCAUGAGUUCUGCUUCUAGUGAGCGUUCUUUUUCAUCUUUACGUCGUCUCAAGACAUUUACUAGAAAUACUAUAGGUCAAGAAAGACUAUCUAACAUAGCUAUUUUAAAUAUAGAAAAUAUGUAUCCAAUGAAUUUUGACAAAAUUAUUGAUCAGUUUAGUGCAGAAUCAACCCAAAGAGGUAGAAGACUACAAUUAAUAUAA